GGCUUGCCUGCGCCUGCGCCAGUUCCUCCAGUCCGACAGGGGGCGAUGACCAGGUCCGUACGCCGCUCCGCAGCAGCCGCUUAACCCGGAAGUGGUCGCGUUUUUAUUGGUGCUGCGACUUCGAGUCUGGACGCGCCUGCGGCGUUAGGAUGAACGCCCCUCCGGCCUUCGAGUCGUUCUUGCUCUUCGAGGGUGAGAAAAAGAUCACCAUUAACAAGGACACCAAGGUACCCAAUGCCUGUUUGUUCACCAUCAACAAAGAAGACCACACUUUGGGAAACAUCAUCAAGUCACAGCUCCUCAAAGACCCGCAGGUGCUGUUUGCUGGCUACAAAGUCCCCCACCCCUUAGAGCACAAGAUCAUCAUCCGCGUACAGACCACCCCGGACUACAGCCCGCAGGAGGCCUUCACCAAUGCCAUCACCGACCUCAUCAGUGAGCUCUCCCUGCUGGAGGAGCGCUUCCGGGUGGCCAUCAAAGACAAGCAGGAAGGGAUCGAAUAACCACUGGAAGGAGUUGUGCCCAUCUGCCCUGGACUCUUCUUGGGCAUCACGUGGAGGACAGCGGCCAGUCCGACACUGACGUGUCCUGUAUAUAGACUGUUUUGUCUUCCUCAUACAGCCAGUGAAUUGUCAGGCUUGAUAAAAGGCAGGUGAGCUGUGUGGCAGACACCCCAGGGCCAGAUGGGGACUGCUGGUCUUGGGCAGAAGGGAGGGAGGGAAACCUGUGCAAGACCAUAGAUCUCUGUUCUAGAAGCCUUAGCUGCCUGGCUGAUCUGAUAGGAACCCAGGAUGAGGCUCAUGUAAUGUAAUGUGCACAGCAGAAAAUUUAAUAAAAAUACUCACUUUAAAAAAGACCACCACCAUUAACCCUGAGCU